AUAUAUUGAAGAACUGAGGGAAGGCCAAAAGUUAUAUGUUAUAGUUACGGGGAAAAAAGGAUCUAACCUACCUGAGGUACCUUAGGUUAGGUAGCUAGGUUAUGUCAAUUUAACUCGGAGUUUCAAUCCAAUAUCAUCCAGUUGUAUGUAUAUCAGAUGUGUUGCGUUCUGGAUAAUUGUACAUACAAGGUUGCUUCUUUGUAAGCUCCCAUUGUUCGCUACUGCUCCAAUUUUAAUGGACCCGCAGACCCGUCAGUUCGGAACUCCGACCUCUCGGAGUUACAGUACAGUACAACCCGGCAAAAUCGACGUAAUUGAGAAUGAACCACCGCACGGAGAUAGAGAAAAGAAGAAAAAAAAAGUACCAGGCCGAGUAUCCAUCUUAGACAACUAAGAGUUGUUAACAUGGCUCUCACCAGAUAUACUUGUAUUCCAGCGGGUUGCGAACCCGUCCUACCGUCAUCAUCAUCACCAUGUCUUUGCGACCGUUAGUUAGAGCUACCUGGUGGAGGCGCGCCGCCUCGUUUCGAACAAGACACAACACGAUUCCGCGCACAACGAUAACCUCGCGAUGUGUGAGCACGGUCCCGAAAUGCCCGGAACCAACGUGCGAUUGUGCCGACACGCCGUCGCUGCCGCCGGAACAGAGCAUCGAUAGGACUUCCAAUCUCAAUGGCCUCAUAGCGUCGUACGCGCAACAGGUCAUAAUCUGCACCGGCAAAACCGACUGGACGUCGCGCAUAGAAGAGGAUAACAGCGGCGACAACUUGGCUGCCGAUCUUAAGGAGUUGAUAGGCCGAGGGGGCGUGUACAGCGAUCCUUUCCACAACGUCUCCGUCAUAAACUCUUCUUUCCCCUCCGCAAUUUCCAGACGACCCGAGGUACAAACAACAUCCGUCUACCUCGUGCCUAGUUUCAAGUAUAUCCCGUUCCUUCCGAGAGUCUCGUUCGACUCGGUAGAAGCUCUAGUCAAAGGCUACCUUCUCCCAGAAAAGCUGCAUCCGAUGAACGAGGGGCUGUCUCCGAUACACAAGGACAGGUUAUCACGGAAAGAAGCGUAUCAACGGUUACUGUAUGGCGUUCGCGACGUCGAGGAUAUACUGGUGUUGAUUUGCGGUCAUGGAGAGCGGGAUGCGAGAUGUGGUAUCUACGGACCCGUUUUGCAAGAGGAGUUUGAGAAGCAAUUGCCGCGGGCGGGAAUAGAUGUUCUUCACGGGCCGGCGAUUAACGAGAGCGUGUCAGCGCCACCUCUGCCCGGCAGCACUACCACGGGGACGGAAACGCCGCGCACGGCGAGGGUAGGGCAGAUCAGCCAUAUCGGAGGACACAAGUUCGCCGGAAACGUCAUCGUCUACCUACCGCCAACUCUCAAGAAUAACGCGGGUAAUCCGCACCCGCUAGCCGGCCACGGGAUCUGGUACGGCAGGAUAGAGCCGAAGCAUGUAGAGGGAGUUAUCAAGGAGACUAUUGUAAAUGGUAAUAUCAUCAUGGACCAUUUUAGAGGCGGGAUAAACCAGAAUAGCGAGCUUCUUAGAUUAUAGACUACCACUACAUUGCAUCUAGAAGCGGUAUCGUCUUGUAUUAUGAGAUACGCCCUCAAACCUCAACUCACGAAAUAGUGUCGAAAUAAAGAGUGCACUCAAAAAGGGUAUAUCAUUAAAAUAGAACAACAAAACGUCGAUUACAUAGCAUUAUAUUAACUCUCAAUAAGAUGAGUGUGCUGGAUUUAGUUGUCGUGAUGGCCAG